CAAAGACAGAAGGAGAGUCCACAACUAUCCUCUCAGGAUUAGCACACAGUAGCAGAUGAAUCGACAUCGAGCACCAUUUAUUAUUGACGUCCAAUACGUUAUGAAAUAAUUUGUGCUAGGAAAUGACUAGUUUUACUUCGCUGCCCGACGAUAGAGAAGAUAUAUAUAAUUACAAUAUAUCGAACGUUUCAGAAGUUUUCGAAAUCAAUUCCACGCACUAUAAGGACGAUGUCUCAAGUGAGCCCUUUUACGAUUUCGUUCACGCCCUCUAUCUUUUUGCAAUACCUCUUAUAUCCGUACUUGGGAUCAUUGGGAACGUUCUAUCAAUCAAGGUGUUUCUGUGCUCAACAUUUCACAAGCAGCCGUCUAGUAUCUAUCUCGCUGCUCUAUCGCUAUCGGACACCUGGUUUCUAUCAGCGCUGUUACUAGGCUGGCUUGGGAGUUUCGAUGGAACCAUUCAACAGUCGGGAGUGGCCUGUAUGAUGUCCAUAUACGUGACGUAUGUCACAGGAUUUCUAUCCGUGUGGUAUGUUGUUCUGAUCGUGAUUGACCGAUACAUUGUCGUCUGCCAUCCACUGAGAGGACCGCGCUUGUGUUCCAGAAAACGAGUGGCCAUUGCCUCGAGUUUAAUCACAACGUUUGCGAUCAUAUUUUAUACACACUGUUUCCACACAACAACAGUUGUUAAAAAUGCUUCGAAAGAUGGCUUUCAGUGUGUUGUCCGCAGAGAAACUAUGUUUGCUCUCACAAUCAUCACCUACAUUGACUCUGUAAUGACAAUAGGAAUACCGUUUCUGACAAUCUUUGUUCUCAACUGUUGUCUUAUAUCAGCCGUCAGAAAAUUCAGCAACAAGCACGUGAGGUUCAGUGAGCGAAAGUUGUAUUCCUACUCCCCACAGUACAGCAUUCUGACCAAAGCUCAGAUACGUCUAACCAUAAUGCUAGUGGUCGUGUCGUCAGUCUUUCUCAUUCUCAAUCUACCAAGCCACGCUAUCCGAUUGUACAUUAUGAUAAAAGGUCUUGCAAUGCAAGAACAACAUAGCAUUAUUCUGUUUCUCAUUCAACAGAUAUUCCAGAUCCUCUAUUACGCAAAUUUUGCAAUUAAUUUUAUCUUGUACAUGGUAUCAAGUAAAUUGUUUCGUAAAUGCCUGAAAGAAACUCCAAAAUGUCGAGCCCUUCGAAAAUUGAGAUUGAAGAAAACUUUAUUAGACAGAAGAGCUAAACUACAGAAUGGCGCUAAGUCGUACGUAUAAUUUGUUAAAAACUAAAAAGGCACACGUCCUCCAAAUGAGUA